UGCCGCCUCCUCCUCCAGCUCUGUGCGCUGAGUGGAGUGUAUCCCCCGCCCCCUGACACUGCCGCCCUCCCUUCUCCGUGUGCCUCUAUCGCCGGCGUGCACUUGUUCCUCCUACUACACUGUGCCUUCCGUGCGCUGCUGCAGCCCCUCCUGACGCCGGCCGCCUAGCCCUCUCCCCGGAGACACGGAGCGCAGCAAGCAAGUGCCGGGCACACAGGGCUACAGCAGUACUAGCUGCCGGUGACUGUCUCCCAGCGCCCUCCCCAGCACUCCGAAGUGAUAUGUGCCAAAGGUGCCGCAACCCCUGAAGGAGAGCUGUACAUUGUGGAACAUGCCUGGCUGGAAGAAGAAUAUCCCCGUCUGCCUGCAAGCAGAGCAGGAGCGAGAUCACUCUCUUGGCUCUUUAUGAGGUUGAAAGAUUGGAACAUUACCUUGAAGAAUGUCAUUGAUUUUGUAUGAAGGUCCAUAUACGAAGUCUGCUAACCAGACGAAGGCACCGGAUGGCUCGCUGGCUGUCAGAAGACAAAGCAUCACAGAAGAGUUCAAGGGCUCAACAAUAGUGGAGUUAAUGAAGAAAGAAGGAACCACACUAGGGCUUACUGUGUCAGGUGGAAUUGACAAGGAUGGGAAGCCAAGAGUAUCAAAUCUGCGUCAAGGAGGAAUUGCUGCUAGAAGUGACCAACUGAAUGUGGGAGACUAUAUCAAAUGCGUGAAUGGCAUCAACCUCACAAAGUUCCGUCACGACGAGAUCAUCAGCCUGCUGAAGAAUGUUGGUGAACGAGUCGUUCUUGAAGUGGAGUAUGAACUGCCUCCUGUGUCUAUACAAGGAUCAGGGGUGAUUUUUCGAACUGUGGAAGUAACUCUACACAAAGAAGGUAACACCUUUGGAUUUGUGAUACGAGGAGGGGCACAUGAGGACAGAAAUAAAUCUCGUCCUGUUGUAAUAACUUGCGUUAGACCUGGAGGACCGGCUGACAGAGAGGGCACGAUCAAGCCAGGGGACAGGCUGCUGAGCGUGGACGGAAUUCGCUUGCAUGGAACAACGCAUGCUGAAGCCAUGAGUAUUCUUAAACAAUGCGGGCAAGAAGCAACCUUACUCAUAGAAUAUGAUGUCUCUGUGAUGGACUCGGUGUCUACAGCCUCCGGUCCACUUCUAGUUGAAGUUGCCAAAACUCCAGGCUCCAACCUUGGAGUAGCCCUAACUACCUCUAUGUACUGCAACAAACAGGUCAUUGUUAUUGACAAGAUUAAAUCUGCGAGUAUUGCGGACAGGUGUGGUGCUCUUCAUAUUGGGGACCACAUCCUGUCUGUGGAUGGAACAAGUAUGGAGUAUUGCACAUUAGCAGAAGCCACACAACUUUUAGCAAGCACCUCUGAAAAUGUGAAACUAGAGAUUCUUCCUUACCAUCAAACCCGGUUGGCACUAAAAGGGCCAGAUCACGUAAAGGUUCAAAGGAGCAACGAAAGGCAACCUUCAUGGGACAGCUCUGCCAACAGCCACCGCCGCCUCACCUACCAACAUUAUAACACCUACCACCCUGACCAUUGCAGGACGCCAGCCAUGAAAUGCCAGAAACCACCUCCUCAAAAACUCCUUCCAGCAUUGGUAUCUUCGUCCUUCUCUCCUACCUCCAUGAGUGCAUACAGCCUGAGCUCGCUCAAUACGGGGACCCUACCUCGCAGCCUUUACCCUACCAGCCCACGAGGGACGCUGAUGAGACGCAGAAUGAAGAAGAAGGACUUUAAAAGUUCAUUAUCCUUGGCCUCUAGUACAGUUGGUUUGGCUGGACAGGUUGUUCAUACAGAAAGUACAGAAGUUGUGCUGACUGCUGACCCCAUUGUGGGAUUUGGGAUACAGCUUCAGGGCAGUGUGUUUGCAACAGAGACCCUGUCCUCCCCGCCCUUAAUUUCUUAUAUCGAUAUUGACAGCCCAGCUGAAAGAUGUGGAGUCCUUCAGGUAGGAGAUAGAGUGAUAGCCAUCAAUGGUGUGCAGACAGAGGACAGCACAUUUGAAGAGGCCAAUCAACUACUAAGAGAUUCAACCAUUGCCGGAAAAGUCACCUUGGAAAUUGAGUUUGAUGUUGCAGAGUCUGUGAUACCCAGCAGUGGGACAUUUCAUGUCAAACUACCAAAGAAACACAAUGUGGAACUUGGAAUAACCAUAAGUUCUCCGUCCAGUAGGAAAUCUGGAGAUCCUCUGGUUAUAUCAGACAUAAAGAAAGGCAGUGUUGCACAUCGCACAGGAACUCUGGAGCUGGGUGAUAAACUGCUCGCCAUAGACAAUAUCCGGCUGGACAAUUGCUCCAUGGAAGAUGCUGUUCAGAUAUUGCAGCAAUGUGAAGAACUUGUGAAGCUGAAGAUCCGUAAAGAUGAAGAUAACUCAGGCACCUUCCACCAACAGAACCGCUAUAUAACUGGCUUACUAAGCUCAUUCAAUAUAGAUGAGCAGGAGAGCACCGGAGCCAUUAUUUACACGGUUGAACUGAAGAGGUACGGGGGACCCUUAGGAAUUACAAUUUCGGGGACUGAAGAACCUUUUGAUCCAAUUAUCAUUUCAAGCCUUACUAAAGGUGGACUGGCAGAAAGGACAGGUGCAAUCCAUGUAGGAGAUCGGAUUCUGGCCAUAAACUGCAACAGUCUGAAAGGCAAACCUUUGAGUGAAGCCAUCCAUUUACUACAGAUGGCAGGGGAAACAGUCACCUUAAAAAUCAAAAAGCAGACUGAUGCAACAAGUCCCAAGACCAUAACAUCACACAGCUCACUUACCCUGCCAGAUGAUACAGAGGAUGAUACGCCUGUCACUCAGAAGUCCAGCAACCUCUCUGACCUAUAUUCCACCACCGUGCCAAGUGUGGACAGUGCAGUUGAGUCAUGGGACGGCUCUGCGGUGGAUACCGCUUAUGGAAGUCAAGGGCCUAACUUCCAAGCAUCUGGAUUCAGUUUCAAUGCAUAUGAAUGGAGAAACCCCAAACAGAAGAGCAGUCUGUCCCCCUUGAAUAGACCAAUAAAUAAUCACUUUCACGACACAGGGCUUAGUGAUGAUGAAUGGGAACGACCUACAGGCAGUGGAUUUAUUGGCGGUCCAGAGGACCCAGAGGCUGACCAAGAGGAAACGUUCUGGUCUCAGGCACUAGAGGACCUAGAAACUUGUGGACAGUCAGGAAUUCUCAGAGAAUUGGAGGAGAAACCUGACAUGUUCAAAUGUUCUAAGAACAUGAGUCUCUUGGCCACCAUCAUGUCAGGCAGCACGCUGAGUCUGAAUCAUGACAACUCACAGCCUCGUGGGCAGCUGGGCCGGCAAGCAAGUUUCCAAGAAAAGGUUGUCAGGCCACAUUACAGCCAGAGCACCCGCAGCAACACAUUACCCUCUGAUGUAGGGAGAAAGUCUGUAGCCAUGAGGAAAAUGAAACAAGAAAUGAAAGAGAUUAUGUCACCAACUCCUGUGGAGUUACACAAGGUCUCCUUAUUUAAAGACUCUGACAGAGAGGACUUUGGAUUUAGUGUAGCGGACGGCUUGCUGGAAAAGGGUGUGUAUGUGAAGAACAUUCGGCCUAAUGGACCAGGAGAUAUAGGGGGACUUAAGCCAUUUGACCGGCUCCUUCAGGUAAAUCACAUCCGCACCCGAGACUUUGACUGCUGCUUGGUCGUCCCGUUAAUAGCAGAAUCGGGGAACAAACUAGAUUUGGUCAUUAGCAGGAAUCCCAUUGCUUCUCAGAAGGAGGCAUCAGAUGUACCUAAUGUGGCAGUAGAAGAAUGGAUUGAUCACAAUGACCCCUUCUCUCACCCAGCUGGGGGACAUCUAACAGCUAUGGAUAUGCGAGACUCAACAAAUACUUUAUAGCAAAAACAUUUUAGUUUAGUGACUUCGUAGCAAAAGAAACUGGUGCUAAAUCCCUGUCAUACAACUGACCUGUGACGUUUAAGACACAGAUGUCAAAAUGUGGCUUUACUGUUAAGCACAGGGGAGCUGACACACUAGCUAAACUGAUCAUAGGCCUCCAACAUGAGCCAACAAAUCAUUUUACAGUAGAUAUUGUUACAUCACUAAAUAUACGUGCCAUUCCAAGCUUGUCUUUAAACAAAUAUGGGGGUAUUGUGAAGUGCAAUGGCAUUAAAGUGGCUUAUUUUCCAGGCAGUGUCCAUAAACGCAAAGACCCUCACUAGGAAUAGGUCUGUGCGUACAAUUUAUAGCUCCUGAAACUUUGAGCAGCAUUUUUACACACAUUUUAGCUCAUUGUUUAUCUCCUCUUUCCCAUGCCAUUAAUACAUUCAAUCACCUUUUACCUGGCUCCUGCUACACAUGCCCCUUGUACGAUGUGGUUUAGUCCCUAAUUAACUUUUUUUUAAACCAGAUUCUUGGAGUUAAGCCUUCAUUAGUUUACAGCCAUGUUUUGGACUGGUAUUUAAAUGACAUUAAAUAGGGCUGAAAUAGCAUGGGUUUUAGAUUAACAGAAUUUCCUAGAGCCUGAAGACCACUGCUAUAUAUUUUCAGAUUUCUUAGGCCAUAUGAAACUGUGCAAGAACAUUUUAUUAAAUGAUCCAAGCUCUGGUAUUUGUAUAGUAUAAAUAAGAAGCAGUUGUUCUGCCAUGUGUCAUAGUUGUUUUAGACGUGUACAUGUGUUACAGAGCCUUGCCAAUUGUCUAGCCCCGGAAGCAAUAAAGAGAUUCCUAUUUUGAUUGAAUACUCAACAGCAGCUGUGUUUGCGAUUCUUAGCAAUGGCAUCUGCUGAGCAGGCACGGGUCCAGGCAGCCUCCAUCUUGUGUGUCUGUGAUAAGUCACCCUGCAGUCUUAUUGGUAUUGUUUAAUGGAUAUGUUACUCUUACCUGUGCAAACAUACUGUUUUUAAAACACUGCCAGUCAAAAUAUGAAGUGAACAAUAUACAGAAAUGGGAGGGGGAAAAUGCAUCUAUCAUAAGUCAUUUAAAUAUGUAUUUUUGUUUGUAACAAACAAGUAUUAAACUGUAAAGUAUUUUUGUACAAAAUUUACUACUUUAAUAGCAUGACAUUUACUGUCUUAUGUAUGGUUUUGAGAACUCAAAAACUGUUGAAACUUUGUAUGGAACAAGCCUACUGUACAAGAAAACUGAAUAAACAAUGCUUUAAAGAAGAA